UUCGUUAGCAGAUUGCCUUUAAUCAGAAGGUUUAAGGUUGGCUUGAAACAUUAAUCGAUGGAAAGACAUUGUUAAUAUAUAUAUAUAUCAGCAGCGCGUCCUCAAGGGGAUGGUGGUUGUGUUGUCAUGGUUUCGGAGUCAUGCUGGAUUUGGCGAUAAAUGGAAUUUGCCAGGUUUGAUACAGCAUCUACCCUUGUGUCUGAAUCCGCAGUAAAAGCGCACUUGGGGAUGGAGAAAGCGGUAGCCUAAAGGAGCGCAAUUAAUCACAUCAGUUGGGCUUCACUGUUCACUGUUAGUCAAAGAGGGACAUGCCUUUAAACAUGUCUGCAAAGGAAAGACUUAAAGGCAAGAUGACCAAAGACAGCGUUACAUUGCUGCCCUGCUUUUAUUUCGUGGAGCUCCCGAUUCUGGUGUCCUCAGUGGUCAGCUUGUAUUUCUUGGAGUUGACAGACAUAUUUAAACCAGUGCGGUCAGGCUACAGCUGCAAUGACCGCAGUCUCAGCAUGCCUUACAUUGAGCCCACAAAGGAGGUCAUCCCCUUCCUCAUGCUCUUUAGUUUGGCUUUUGCUGGGCCAGCGGCAACAAUUAUGAUUGGGGAAGGGAUCCUGUAUUGCUGUCUGGCCAGAAGAAAUCUCGGCAUCAAAACAGAGGCUAACAUAAAUGCUGCUGGCUGCAAUUUCAACUCUUAUAUCCGACGUGCUGUGAGGUUUGUGGGGGUUCAUGUGUUCGGCCUGUGCAUCACAGCACUCAUCACAGACAUUAUCCAGCUGUCCACAGGAUACCAUGCUCCCUACUUCCUCACUGUAUGCAAGCCCAACUACACCAGCCUCAACACUUCCUGUAACGAAAACUCUUUCAUUGUGGAUGACAUCUGCUCUGGGCCUGAUCCAGCGGCCAUCAACACUGGCAGGAAGUCCUUCCCAUCUCAGCAUGCCACUCUGGCAGCCUUUGCGGCUGUGUACAUCUCUAUGUACUUCAAUGCCACCCUGACUGACUCCUCCAAGCUCCUGAAGCCACUCCUGGUUUUCUCCUUCAUCAUCUGUGGCAUUAUCUGCGGCUUGACUCGCAUUAUUCAGUUCAAGAACCAUGCCGUGGAUGUCUACUGUGGCUUUCUCAUCGGAGGGGGCAUAGCCAUCUACCUGGGUCUGUAUGCAGUUGGGAACUUUAAACCUAGUGAAGACACAUCUCUGAAGACACAUCAACUCCAACUUCUACAGCAUCAGCAUCAGCAUCACCGGCAACCACAACCACCACAGCCUCCACCACAGCCCCAGCCAGUGGUGCCUCCACCUACCAUGCGGGAGCCACUGAGACCCCUACCUAAUCUUAACACAGAUCCACCGCGCUUACUACCACCUAAGAGUUUGAGCAUGCGGGAACGUCCCACUUCGGCGCGCUCGGAGAGCAUCCUGCUACGUGGACCCUCCCGAGAGCACAACUCUAUGUCGAGCUUGAAGAGGGCAAGCACGGAGUUGGAGUGCAUUACGCCACCCAGCCCACUCUGCAAAGAGAGCUUUGUGACGUUUAGCAACACCUUGCCUCGCAUACAUUCAAUCGGAGUUGAGGAACCUGUGCCUCGUCGCCAUGCUGCCAUCCAUGCCUCCAUGGACUCCACACGUUCCAAGCAGCUGCUCUCACAGUGGAAGAUCAAGAAUGAGAACCGUAAGAUGUCACUGCAAGUGAUGGAGGCUGAGGCCUGCCAGUCUCCCCAACGCAACAUGCAGCUCCGCUGUAGCUCUGAACCUUCUGCCGUGGGCUUGGAUGGUGAGCUAAUUGGUGGACCCCCUGGGCAAUACAUGAAGCUUGCCGCCAGUGCUGUGCCACUAGCCAAUCAUAAUAACACUGGUGGCCUGGCAGGUGGAGCUAGGGUAUCCAUCCAAUCACGGCCAGGCUCCUCCCAACUGGUACAUAUCCCUGAGGAGACGCAAGAUAAUGUGAGCUACUGCACUCAGGAGGACAGUGGGGAGGUGAAUGAUAGUGGGUGUGGGGGUGGGUCUGCACGCUCUAAAUGGCUGAAGGUGGCCGAGAAGAGCACAGUCUGCAGGAGUAACAGCCAACCACGUAUCAUGCAGGUCAUCGCUAUGUCCAAGCAGCAGGGUAUGCUGCAUGGUAGUCCUAAAAGUGAAGCCAGUACUGUGAGCUGUACCGGCUCCAUCCGUUACAAAGCCUUGAUGGAUCAGGAACCCAACGCUGGCAUUGUUAGAGUGGAGGCCCACCCUGAAAACAAGCCAGUGGUGAAACCACCAUCCACAGAUGGCAGUGGAUCCUGGAGGUGGAAACCACAGGAGCGCGGCAGCAUCCGGCAGUCCCUCGAGCUUAAUGACCUAAACCGAGACUCUGAAAGCUGUGAGUCGUUGAAAGAUGGUUACGGCUCCAUAGAUGGCAACCGGAGCCUACCUGACAUGAGCAACCCCCAUCAUCCCCAUUUUCACCAUCACCACCACCAACCAAGUAUCACCACCAUCCGAGUCACUCCAGUGGAAGGGAGCAGUGAAGCCACCUCUGAAACUCUCUCUUCCACCUCCAGUCGAGAUUCAACUCUACGCAGGAAAGGCAACAUCAUCCUGCUGCCUGACAGAGGGCCUAGUCCAGAUAAUGCCAGGAACUUGCCUCACUUUUUCAAACCUUCCCCAACACCUCCCCCCAUUUUGACUUACAAAGAGUAAAAGAAACCUCUUUCCCCACUGUUUCCAAGAGUUGCCUUGGUCUCUGAACUCUGAAGACUGGAGGCUCCAUUGGGGGUAUUGAGUCAUUCUGAAUAUCUCCAUUCCCUGACCACUAGACAAACCUGCACUCUCCAGAACAUGAAAGGCAGUGUUGUGCAUUUUGAAUCCACAUUGUGUAGGUCUUUUGUUACUAAAAUGUUUAAUAAGCACAAAAUAUUCAAUCUGAGUCCAUUUAGUAAAGGUGAUGGUGUAAUCUGCCUAUUUUGUUUUAAAUAGCAUUUGGAUUAAGUUUGUUAUCAGAUCCCUGUUGUCUGUUGUCUCAUGGCAAUGUGGGUGGCUUCAAAAAAACAUUUCAUAACACAACUUUGUAAAUUUUCUAUAUGUUCUAAACAUAAAUAUUUGUAUGUACCAUUCAGCCCAUUUCAUGGCAAUUUCAUUGGUUGUGGCUAAUAAUUGUUUUCACUAUCUUGAAAUGAAUUAAUUUAACCUGAUAUUCAAUCACACUCAUAGCUUUUAGAUGAACAGGAGAAUGUUAAUGUAAUGGAUGUUUACUGAGGGUUCUAUCAAUGGUGUAUUAACCAAAUGGAUGUUUUGUGUAGAGGGGCUUGUUUAACCAUGAAUGAGCUAUUUAAAUUCAAACAGCUGAAAGCGCUCUUUGCUGGCAUAGACACAAUGAAUUUAUAGAAACUCCAAUGCAGAGAACAAUACAUUCUUAAGACAUUAAUGUAAUAUUGCCUUUUGUUUUACAGAACUUGUUUCCACUCACCAGUGAGCACUAUUUUACUCAUAACUACUGAUUUGCAAGUCCCUAUAUGUUUUAUUAAGUGUGCUUUGAGCACAAUUAUAAUUGUGUUUUUAUGGCUCAUUGCUGUAUAUUAACAGUGAUGUAUUGUGAAUCGUAUUCACUGUUUUCCCCCAUUUUGCCUGACUGGUUGGGGUUAUAUAGCAGAGUUGCACCCUCCUCCUCAGUUUUAAAUGUGUUGGCAUAAACAAAUGACUCCAAACCACUGCACAUUGCAGAGAUGCACCUCACAAUAUACAGUAAGAGCAAUUGGAGGCCCCAAAGUGUAUUAGUGGGAACUCAUUGCUUGUUUUUUUUUUUUAAACAAUUUAAAAAUACUAAUAAUCACAUUCUUAGAGUGCCUCAAAAACUAUUAUUUGCUUAUUAGUUAGUGAUCCAUUACUUGUAUCUUUCAGUGACUGUGCAAAAAAUAGUACAGUUGCUGCAGUAAUGGUAUUAUGGUGCACAAAGGACAGAUGUCUUAAAUGAACAAAUGUCUAUUUUGCUUUAAAUAACCACUAUCGUUGCCAUCAAAUGGCACUGGACAAAUGGCACAGUCAUGAGUGCUCAUAAAAUAAGAGGUUUUAUUGAAAUACACAAAAUAGACAAGCAAUGUUAGGAUUUGUCCUGUGUAAAGUUUUUUAGCACAUUGUUUAUAUUCUUCUUAGGACCAUCAUGUAAUCUAAUUCUGUAAUGUAAUCUAAAUAAAUAUUGCCAAAAAAAAGAAUGUAUGAUCAACCCAGUCAUGGAUAGAUUUUGUUUAUUCAUUUAUUGUAUCAUUUACAUGAUUGGUUGGUUUCCUUUUUUUAUUUAUUAAACUUACUGUAGAUUUCAUUGAUAUACAGAAAUACAUAUUUUGAAGUUUGUGUUCUACAAGAGUGAAUCAGAACCAAUGCAUUUAAAAAUUUUAUAUACAGUAUGCUUGUAUAGUUCAAUUGUACCCCACAUAAUGGCGUUAACCCGUUGUUACAUAUGCAUGGUGAUAUAAUACUGUAUGUAUUGUAACUAAAGGGUUUGUUUUGUUUUGCUUUUAUUUUGUAUAUGAUGCCUUUAUUAGUGAUGGAUGGUACUUUGAUUUACACUGUAAUUCACUCUGCAGAAUCAAUUGAAUAAUCACGAAAUAUUUGUACCCUUGUAAAUAGGUAUUUGUAACUUUGCCAGCAAACUUGUGUGAUAGUGUACUGUAAAUAAGAGGAAAAGUAAUCAGUUAAGAUGCGAGAGAGAUCACUAGGUUAUUAUUUGAAUGUCGCAAAGACACUUGCUUUAUUAGUGCUCAAAACCAGAUAUGGAACAUGAGAGAAUUUUUUUUUCUUCUGUGGAACAUUUAAGACAUGUUGACAGAUAUUUGGAAAUUUUGCCUUGUGAGGUUUUGCUUAGCAGUGUAUUUUGACUG